UACGAGUACGUAUAAAAUUAACAAGAGAGUGAAGUAAGCAAAAACAAACAACGUCAGAAAAGAUAGUCGUCACUCCCGCCGGCAAUGGCUCCGAUUGCUUCCAAGCUCUACACUGACGAUGUGAGUUUGGUGGUACUAUUACUCGACACAAAUCCUUAUUUCUGGACUUCUUCAUCUUCAUCUUCUCUCUCCUUCUCCCACUUUAUCUCUCACGUUCUCUCGUUCGUCAAUUCGAUUCUGUUGCUCAAUCAGUUGAACCAAGUGGUGAUCAUUGCAACAGGUCAUAAUACCUGCGGUUAUAUUUAUGAUUCGUCGUUGUCGUCGGUUUCUUCAUCGAUUUCUGCCAAUGAGAGCUCCGGUGAUGCUAAAAUGCCGGCUUUUUGCUCCGAAGUUCUCAAGAGUUUGGAGGAUUUUGUGAAAAAUGAUGAGAGUUUGAGCUCUGUUGAUGCUGGUAAUGGCGUGGGUUCCUCCCUUUUAUCGGGUUCCUUGUCCAUGGCUCUUUGUUAUGUUCAACGUGUUUUUCGUACCGGGCCGCUUCAUCCUCAGCCAAGAAUAUUAUGCCUGCAUGGAUCCCCUGAUGGACCCGAGCAAUAUGUUGCUGUGAUGAAUUCCAUCUUUUCAGCUCAGCGCUCCAUGGUCCCCGUCGAUUCUUGUGUUAUAGGAGCACAACAUUCUGCCUUCUUGCAGCAGGCGUCCUAUAUAACCGGUGGGGUCUAUUUGAAACCUCAGUAUCUAGAUGGACUAUUCCAAUAUCUUUCUACUGUAUUUGCUACUGAUUUGCACUCAAGAAAGUUUAUACAGCUUCCAAAACCUGUAGGAGUUGAUUUUCGAGCCUCGUGCUUCUGUCACAAAAACACGAUAGAUAUGGGUUACAUAUGUUCAGUUUGCUUGUCAAUAUUCUGUAUGCCCCACAAAAAAUGUUCUACGUGUGGGUCAGAGUAUGGCCAAGCUCAAUCAGAUGCAUCAACACUAUCAGGUCAGAAGAGAAAAGAGCCAUCAUGAUACAUGUUUCCCUGCUCAACUUUGUAUUCAGCGCAAGUGACGGGUUUUAUACUUUUGUGGCUCGAUGAAGCUUGUUUAUGAGAGGCCAAAAACCCCAAAUGGUGUGCAAUUCUUUCAUUACUGGUAUAAAACAAGCGUGAGAUGAUACCGAGGCCACUACACAGGUUUCUGAUGCUACAAUUUCUUCUAGGUUAGGCCUAGUUGGUUAGAUUAUGUUUUCCCCCUUCAAUUCUUUUGGUGACAAACUAUAUUUCUUUUUAGCAUUGUAUAUUUUGUGUUAGCAUCAGAUAAAUCAGUUGAUUGUUCUGAUUUUUGAAGAGUUUGAUAAUAACAGCACGCGUUGCUGUUCUUUGGAAAACCACUUAUCUCUUUUUAUACCGUGUAUUACCUAAACACGUAUGCACUAUAUUCGUGUAUAUGUAAAAGAUUUAUACCCUUUUAUAAUAGAAGAAAAGACAGGCAUGAAGGAAUUAUACAUCUGAACAACCAUAUUGCUGGAUAAAUGUGGUCCAUGUGCAUAAAUAGAAUCUAUUGUCCCACCAUGUUAUUUUUAAGGAUAACCUACACCAUCCCAUCACUAUACAACAUUCCAUCCAUGGAUGAAAACCACCUCCACCACCCCCUCCUCUCUUUGGCAACCCAUGCAAACACCACAACAACCACCUCCACCGCCACUGGCGUUGUGAGUCAAACACCAAACGACACCUCAUCCAACUUCGGUCUACCUAUACGCCUCCUUGUUGUCCUCUUAUUCGGGUUCAUAUCCAUAUGGGCAAACCAUGAGGCAUCAAAAGGAUUUCCGAUCACAGUCGUCAACAACAUCAAGGACACACCAGCAGGUGACAAGUUCACUCUCUUCUACAUCUCCAACGAUGAAGCUAUCCGGUUAGUUCAAAGUUCGUCUUCUUUUGCUGCCAAUGUUCUUUUUACUGGCACACCUGAGAAGAAGCUCAUUGACCAGGUUGAUGUCCAUUUAGUCAGCCAUAAUCUAACCAAUGUUGAUCAUACAGUUGCUGUCAAGUUUUUAGGGCAAAAGAGGAAGUUUGUACUUUCUAUAAACCCUAAUGUAAUGGACUUUGUUGAUUUUAAGUACAGGAUUAGAAAGGAAAUUCAGAGAGGUAUGGCAGAAAUAUUGCUUCUUAGUCAGCAAAUUAGAGCUCCAGAGACCUUGCUUGAUGGAAUGGUUGAAUAUGUAAGCGAUUUGGCCGGUUUUUCCGGUGGGUUUUCGGGUCCAAACCCGGUGUUUAAGUUGAGGGAUUUCAGUGAGAAGUGUUGGGAAGACAAGGAUCCAAGAAUAGUGGCUAAGUUUUUGGAAUUCUGUGUGAAAAAAAGUGAAGGAUUUGUUGGGAGAUUGAACCAGGAAAUUAAGAGAGAUGGUUGGUCUGAGAAAAUGAUGGGUGAAGUACUUGGAAAGCCAGCCAUACAUUUUUGUCUAGAGUUUCAUGAUUCCAUGAUUAAAGAAUGAGAAUUUCUUGACCUUCUUUUUUCAUUCAUUACUUUAUUAUUGUGGAGAAAUUAAGUUGAUCUCAAUGACUGGAUAAAUUUCCCAAUCAAAUGACAAUUUUGUAAAUAAAUGGCUAGAAAAUCAUAGAUAGUAUUCAAUCCGUUCCUAAAUAAGUAUCAUGUAUUAUAAAUCGGACAUUUUGUCAUGUUUUUAUUUUUGUACAUACACUUUUCUCACUUUUCCAUAAA